AUGCAUGUCCAACAACCUCUCUCCCACCUCUCGUUGUCGAAGGUCCCGUCUACUGAGCUUGACCUCAAUCGGUCGCCGACGUGCGCAGAUUUGGGGCCAGGGUGUACCCGGAAGUCCAGGGCCAUCCUGUCGGAGAACAUUCCUGUGUCCAUCAACCCGUUCGUCAAAAUGCCGCCGACCCUCACAACGCCUGCCGACGAGGGCAAUAUUCUGAAAAUACGCAAAGUGUAUGAGGCAUUCCUUGCGGAGUUCCCUCUAUGCUUUGGGUAUUGGAAGAAAUACGCAGAUCACGAAGGCCAUCUUGAUGGUGUCAGUAAAGUUAUAGAGGUUUAUGAACGGGCAGUUCUUGCAGUUACUUAUUCAGUGGACAUUUGGGUUAACUAUUGUCUGUUUGCAAUUUCGACACACGACGACCCAGAUAUCAUCAGAAGACUGUUUGAGCGGGGUCUGGCCUAUGUUGGAUCAGAUUUUCGUUCCAAUACUUUGUGGGAUGAGUACAUCAAGUAUGAAGAAUCACUUCAGGCAUGGAGUCAUCUGGCUGUGAUAUAUACAAGAAUACUAGAACAUCCUGUACAACAGCUUGAUCGCUUGAAGGAGUUGACCACGACACGGAACCUAUCAGAAAUACUUACUGCUGAGGAAACUUCCAUGUAUGGUCUUACUGUUGAGAACAGUGCUUGGGCCCUUGAUGGAGAGGCACAUCAGAAUGAUGUAGAUAAAACUGCCGAACCUGAAAUUUCAUGUUCAACAGAAGCAGAGGACAAGGCAAAAUAUGUUUCUGUUAGAGAAGAGAUGUAUAAGAAGGCUAAAGAGUAUGAAUCAAAGAUUAUUGUUUUUGAGCAAGCUAUUAGAAGACCAUACUUUCACGCGGAGUGGCAUCCACUGGGCCUCGCCGGUGCUGAGCUUCCCGGCACCUCCCUCUCCUCCGCUUCCCAGCCGGCCUCCUCCAUGGCCCCGCCUGCUUGCUCGCGGUCGCACCGGUGGUCGGAUAUGGUGGAGUACGCCUCAUCGGAGGAAAGUUCUUCCGUUUGGCCCUACAGCGACAUGAGGACAGGCAGCAGACCUAACCCGCCGCAGCUGAAAGGCACCGUGGCUUAUGCAUAG